AUGGUGUCACAUGACAAGUAUAAAGACCGGAAGAGGUAUGCUAAUGACGCUCAAAUGCUUACAGAUUUUACCAACUUUAAACUACAGUCUCAGUUCAUCUUAAUGAAACCAGAGUACGUUCACUAUCAUUGA